AUGCGAAAACGAAGUGAUGAUUUGGAUUAUUCAAUCAAAGAUGUUCUUAUUCUCGAUUCAACAUCAACAAAAAAAUUUAGUCGUCAUUUAAUAUUUCAAACAAAAGAUCCAUUUCUUGAUAAUAUAGCUGUUGGUAAAUUUGUUAAUCUUAUCUUAGAAGAUAUUCAUGGUUGUUUAAUAAAUCAUCAAUGUCCAGCUGUAAUGAAUUCUUCAAUAUCUCAAACUCGACAAAUUCAAUCAAAUUCUGAUUCAUCAGUUUUUGCAAAAAAUCUUCUUACAAGUCUUGAAUCUCAUUUAUUACGAUUUGAACACUGUGAUUGUAUUGAUGAUUAUACACAAUUAAAAUUUAAAGAUAUGAUAGAACUUAUUGUUAAUAAAAGUGAUGGUAACGGGUUAACAUGGUUUUGUGAUAUGGGUGUUUAUACAAAAAAUCGAGCAUUUCGAUUACUUCGAUCAAGUAAAUUUGAUAAACAAGAAUGUUUUACUGUUGCACCAGAAAAUCAAUGGAAACCAAUUUUACGACGUGCACGCCCAUCAUCGUCUGAACCAAAUGAAGCAGAACGACAAACAUUUAUGGCUUCACUUGUUUAUUUUAAUAAACCUAUACGACGUUUUAUUCAUGUUGAUGAUGAAAAUUUAAGUUCCGUACAAACAAUAAAUUCACGUAUACAACGUUCAAAUCAAUCAUCAUAUAUGACAGAAGAUAUACGGAAAAUGUCAUUAGAUUAUCCUGAAUUAAUUAAUUUUAUGACAAAUCUAGCACGUGAUAAAAAAGAUGAUGGUAAUGGUAUUCGUAUAAGUCGUUUAUAUAAAGCAAAAGAAAUUCAAAAUGAUUUUCGAUGGGAAAUUAGUUUUAUGUAUGUUGGAGAUUAUAAAUAUUGUGAAAAAAUUAAGCGUCAUCAUAAACAAAAUAAUAUUUAUUUUGUAGUUGAUAUGCGUAAAGGAACAUAUCGACAAAAAUGUCAUGAUCCAGAUUGUAAAACAUUUCAAGGAAUUGAACAAUCAUUGCCAACACAUGUUACUCCUUGGUUAAUGAUGCUUGAUGAAGAAUGGGAAAAUCAAAAAUCACGAUCGAUGCAAGAAACAUCAUAA